AUGGCGCCCAGUGGCCUCUUCCCCCUUGUCACCCUUCUUGCCCUGGGAACUCUGGCAGUUUGGACUGUGGAAGGUGCCGAGCAGAUGCCGUUGAAAGCUGGACUCUGCCCUCGCAAUAAACCUGCCCAGUGCUUCAGACAAGAGACACCAGAGUGCACGACUGACUGGCAGUGUGAGGGGAAGAAGAGGUGUUGUCAUGACACCUGUGGCAUCAAAUGCCUGGACCCUGUUUCCACCAGAACAUCAGAUAAAGAGAAAGUUGGGAAGUGCCCCAAGGCGAAUGGUCAAUGCAUGAUGCUCAAUAUCCCCAAUUACUGCGAGAGGGACUGGCAGUGUGAGGGCAACUUCAAGUGCUGCCACGGCAUGUGUGGGAAGGUCUGUGUGGCCCCGGUGAAAGAGUGA